CGACUGUAGAUCUAAGUGUCACGGCAGUAUGUCGUCUUCUUUGGCUGUAGGCUUUAAUUCAACUGCUACGGCAAAGGGCGACUUAUCCACUGUCGAGUGCUUUGGUCCAUUUUGCCAAGCAAACUGUGAUGGCGUACUUAACAUAUGCAUGGCUAAGUGCUAUGGUCGUGCUUGUAAAUCUCAAUGCAACGCAGGAGCUUGUUUAACAUUUAGUGAAGGCCAAUUUACAACGUCCAAUUGUCACGGACAUAAAUGUCGAUCAAAUUGUACCGGAGAGCAAUGCCACGCUAUGUGUUCAGGAACUGCGUGUAUAACAGAGUGCCACGCAAAGAAAUGUAUUUCAUCGUGUAAUGGAAAGGCUUGUGAAUCGCAUUGCAAAGGUCGUCGUUGUCAAAUAUUCAUGAGUGAGACUGCGCCUGUAACGCCGACACCCAGAGAGACUCCUACAAGCAAACCCGCGGGGAAAAUAUAACUAUAAUUAUUAUAUUGUAUUUGUUUUAAAUGAAAUAAAGCAU